ACAAAUGUUGGGUCAUUAGAGAGGAUUUCCAAGAUUUAAAUUAGGUUUAAAACUGAUUGAAAUGAUGUUUUUGCUAUAUUUGACAAAAAAAGCAGUUAAAUAUGGAUUAAAACAAUUGGUCUAUCAUCAGUAUUUAAAUAAUUCAACCAAAAAUACUUUGAUUCACGAGUUUCUGCUGUUGUUAUUUUGUCAAAUGUGUUUGAAAUUGGUUUUUAAUUUCACUAAGCAUUAAAAAGUCUUAAAUUUAACUUGUCUUAAAUUGUAGGAACCCUGUAAAUGAAUUAACCAACCCUAUCUAUAUAAAGUGGUGUAUGUAAAACUAGGGAGACGUUCAUAAAUUAGUGAUACAUUAAUAUAGAGUUUUUAAAGCRAACUUUUCAAUUCAUGAAACGAAAACUUAGUUUGUAAUUUUAUAUUUUAUGAAUGCAGUCCCAGCACUUGGAUCAGAGGAAGCCUGGUGUGACUGCAGGCUUCAGCUUACAGAAACAUCAUCCUGGUCAUGGAGAAGCUGCAGGUUCCCAGCAGGAAUAUAAUCUGUGUUACAGAUGAUGAAACUGCAGGUUUAAUCUCUCUGCAGGGGUUGUAAAGGACAGCACUGGCGUUGUUCGUUUUGUUCACGUUUGUGAAUUUAUAAGGUUUGAAUAAACCUUGAAAAGAAGCUUAAUGCUGGGGAUGAAGUGACGCUUUGGUUACGUGCGCCUCGGUCUUUGUUACAGACUCCGCCUCCGUCGCGUGAACGCGCCUUAAGCCGAAUUAGAAAAUUCAGGGUUAACAAAGCCUCCCGAUAUCCUGCCUCGUGACAGCGGUGAUCCGUUCCCCGUUCUCCUCGCCCGGGCGGCUGCUGGCGACGCAACGGGUGCCGCGUCCGACCGUCGCGUCGAGCGGGCUCGGUUCCGCUCCGUUCCGCGGCGCUGGGUUGCGAUUUGAUUAGUAAAUCUAGCAUUGAAACAUCUCGGAUAACUGCGCGCGCUCGCUCCGCCAUACGAGGGGAGAGCAGUCGAACCCAGAAGCUUGGACCACCAUGAUGAUGAUGAUGAGCACAGACAGAGAUUACCAGUUAAUUAGAAAACAGGAAAGAGCACACUUCUUCAGCUCUAAAGAGCAGGACCUCAUUUUGAAGUUGUAUGAAGAGGAGAGAGAGAUCCUGACAGCUAAAUCAAACACCACCAGUGCUUCUAAACUCAGAGAGGAGGCCUGGCAGAGGAUUGCUGAUAAAAUAAAUGCGGUGUCAGACAGUGGCUACAAAAGGUCGUGGCAGCAAGUAAAAGUCAAGCACAAAAACAUAAUCCAAACAGCAAAAAGGAAAAGGGUGGAGGCCAUGAGGGUGGAGGGCGGGUCGGCGAGUCCCUCGCUGAACUCAGCGGAGGACGACGUGUUGCUGGGCAGAGAGAACUCGCUGCGAGUGGAGGUCCUGCCUGGAGGGGCCUGCCUCGGCCCCGUCAGUGGAUCGGAGAGUUCCUUUAUGAGCGCAGACAGAGGACCUAAGAGAUCUUUACUGCAGUUACCUGAAAAAGGAAAUCGAGAACCGCGACCAGGAGAUGGCAUACAGAGCUCUGAAGAUGAAGAAGCUAGAAAAAGAAAUCCUUUUACUGGACAAGCAGCUGAUGUGAUUGAAAAGGGACACCUGACUUCUUUUUCAGACCCUCAUCAUGUGAUCCAAACGACUUCCUGCAGCUGUGCUGGGUGGGCCUUAUCUGUCCUCAGCCCCAUCAGAGCAGAGGCUGUGAUGGUUCGGCUCAGUGCUCACCGGGACACGUGGAGGGCCCGCUCUGAUCCGUGGACGACUUAGUUCUGUUGAAGAACGGGGUCCACACCAGACUGAUUCUGUUUCAUGAUGUUCUCUGCAGGUUUUAGUUAUUUAAAAAAGACCAAUAGUCGACCGUACAGUCUUUGUUAGAAACAUUUUUUAUUUUAGUGUCGUUUUACAUUAAUUCAAAGCUAUGUGGAAAGCAGCCAGUCUGUAGUCGUGACUUUUACUUUUGAACUGUUUCAGGGCCUUUUUUUAUAAUAAAAAAAUAAUCUAGUAUUUUUGUUUAUGACAAAUACAUCACUUUUGUGAAACUUUAGUAAAAUGUGAAAUUACAGGGAAUAUGAGGCUGAAAGCACAUUAGCAUUCAUGCAGGAGAUGGUGUUUGCUUUUGAUAAAUACUGCUCAAGACUUUAUUUCAUUUUUUUUCUAUUUAUAGUUAAAAUAGACAGUGACACAUUGAAAUACAGUUUUUAUUUAAGAACAGGGUAAUAUGUGGCCUGAUUUUACUUUAUAGUCUGUAUUAAAGUAUUUUCGGCAUUUAAAUCAAACUGUUUCAUAUUAUUAAUUUAUUUAAGCUGCUGUAGAUGGAACCUUUGUGUAAUUGUUUUUGAAUGGACUUAUAAUCUGAAUACAGAAUAGUUUUUAA